CCAACCCCCUUGGCUUUAUUAUUUUCUCUAUAAAAUCAGCCCACAUUCUUCCCUCAAUCCUCAUGUCCCUUAAUUAGAGCUUGAUCAAUACCAAGGAAAAGCCUCUAACCCUCUUCUCAUUUUGCCUCGUUUACUCUUCUUCCUUGUGUUAUCUCUUCACAAGAAAAGCACAACUAGCCAAUAAAUUAAAGAUGUGUUCCUCCAAAACGAAACUGCAGAGCAGCCAACAAACCAUCUCCCAAAUCAAUGGUCGCCCUGUUCUUCAACCAAAUAGCAAAAUAGUUUCUUUUUUUGAACGCCGUAACUCCCUUAAAAAGACACCUCCAAAAACAACUUCUGUUGCUGCUGUAUUACAGCGAACUAACAGUGCUCCUCCUAGUCCUACUACAAAUGGCACUACUAAAGUCAAGAUUUCAGUAACAACUCCACCGGUCUCUCCUAAACUGAAAUCGCCAAGACAACCAGCUACCAAGAGAGGGAAUAUUGAUCCUAAUGUCUUGAAUUCAAGUGGUGACAAAGUUUUGAGUCCCAAAGGCACUGCUAAUAAAACAACAACAACUUUAUUGAAGAAGCCUAAGAAAAGCAAUGGGGGCAUAGCUUCGACCCCUUCUGUGGAGAAUUCUUCAUUGAAAUAUUCGUCCUCGUUGAUAAUCGAGGUUCCAGGAAGCAUAGCAGCAGCAAGAAGGGAACAAGUUGCAACCGCGCAAGUUCAAAGAAAAAUGAAAAUUGCCCAUUAUGGAAGAACAAAAUCUGCCAAAUAUGAAGGAAAAGUAUCUUCUUUCGACUCUUCCUCUCCUUCAGCAGCUAACCCCAGUCCUCGAGAGGAAAAAAGAUGCAGCUUUAUCACGCCUAAUUCUGACCCGCUCUAUAUUGCAUACCAUGAUGAAGAAUGGGGAGUUCCUGUCCAUGAUGAUAAUCUGCUCUUUGAGUUGCUGGUGUUAACUGGUGCACAAGUUGGAUCGGACUGGACUUCAGUGUUAAAAAGAAGGCAAGAUUUCAGGGAUGCCUUUUCAGGAUUUGAUCCAGAAAUUGUUUCCAAGUACAAUGAAAAGAAGAUAACUUCAAUAAGUGCUGAAUAUGGUAUAGAGCUUAGCCAACUCCGAGGAGCUGUCGACAACUCUAACAGAAUUUUAGAGAUAAAGAAGGUAUUUGGGUCGUUCGACAAGUAUCUGUGGGGAUUUGUAAACAAGAAGCCCAUUGCAACACAAUACAAGGCAUGCAACAAAAUCCCAGUGAAGACUUCAAAAUCAGAAACCAUAAGCAAAGACAUGGUGAAAAGAGGCUUCCGCUACGUCGGCCCAACCGUUAUACACUCCUUCAUGCAGGCGGCCGGCCUUACCAACGACCACCUAACCACCUGCCCACGACAUGUCAAAUGCGUGGCAUUGGCAACUCAACCACCCCCAACUCUAUAAUUACCUAAUCAUCUCCCAGUUUAUUAAGUAGUCUACUAAUUAGUCACAGUUCUAAGUAGCAAAAAAGUUGUUAAGAAGCGUAGUUGAUUGUCUAACAAUAUUUCCCCUUUUUUCUAUUUGGGUGAUGAAUUUAGAGGUGUCAAGUGAUAUGAUUUGGUGAUUGUAAAGAUAUUGAGUUGGUUAAUGUAUAGACAGGAGGAAGAAGUGAGAAUAUUUAGAGGAGAAAGUAGAAAGGAAUAAAGGAAGGAUGGUAUAGAUAUGGAGGGACAGGAAGCAUGUGCGCAGGGUUGGCAGGGGAAUGCCAAUGGCAUGUGUUUGGUGCAUAUAUGCCUUAGGAUUUAAUUUUGUGACCAGUGACCAGUGACCAGCACCAUCAACAAAAACUCAAGGGCCAUUACUCCACCACUAUUUACUUGCGUGCUUUUGAAUAGAGGAAGGAUAAGAUCAUCAUCAACUUCAGUACAAAGGAGGAGCCUCUGUGUUCCCCCAUGUAGGGCCUUGAUUUGGAUAAUAUUUUCUUUGGUUUUCUACUUUUGUUGUUGCCCCAUCGUACCAUGUUUGCUGGAAUCUAACAUGACCUAGAGGCAAGCACAAAGUGCCUUGCACUUGUAUCAUUACUUUAGUGUGGAAUUUUGAGUGUCUUCUCGUUGGCCUUUGCUUUUUUUUUUCAUACGGGAAUUGUAAUAUUAUGAUGGAUUUUAGUGGCGAUCUGUAUGGUUAUGUGACCCUCUCUGGAUAUUUAUGGAUACACUUUUCUGGAUUCUGUUUAA